GUGAACAGGGCGAGGCAGUCAUCACACUGCUGGGUGAGCCAUCAGUCGCACUUAGGAUCCUUACAAGACAGAGCAGUUUCUUCGGAUGGAGGCCUCAAUGGGAAAUAUGUCAGAACUUGAGAGCGGCAUGAUCGCUAUCAUCCAAAUUUUUCACAAAUACUCGGGUCACAAGUGCAACCUGAAGAAAGCAGAACUGAAGGAGCUCAUCAACAAUGAGAUGAAUCAUUUCAUUAUGAAAAUCCAAGAGAAAGAAACCCUUGACGAGCUCUUUGCCGAUCUCGACCAGAACGGAGACCUGGAGAUUGACUUCAAAGAGUUCAUCACCCUCAUUGCUAUGGUGACCUCAGCGUGCCAUGAACUCCAUCCCAAAGCCACAUAACUAUUAGUUUGCAUGUAGACACA